AUCUUUUGCUUUCCUUUGCUUCACUUUUUCAGCCAUUGUCCCCAGAGCUGAUUCUUCUUCAUUCAUCUACUCUUGGUAUGGAGACAAUCAGAAUAAAUUUGGAAGAAAUGACCAAGUGGAAUUAUACUUCAGUGACAGAGUUUGUUCUUCUUGGCUUCACAGAUCGUCAGGAGAUCAAGGCACUACUCUUUGUCCUCUUCCUGGCUAUCUAUGUGUUCACGCUGCUGGGAAACAUAAUUGUCAGCCUGUUAAUCUGGACAAGCUCCUCUCUGCACAGCCCUAUGUACUUUUUCCUCAAUAACCUGGCUCUCCUGGACCUCAGUUAUGCCUCUGCCAUUACGCCUAUGAUAUUGGACAUUUUGUUAGCACAGAAGAUGACGAUUUCAUUCAGGGGAUGCAUGGCACAAAUGUAUCUGUUUGCUUUGUCUGCAGAUGCAGAAUGUCUCCUCUUGGCUGCCAUGGCAUAUGACCGCUACAUGGCCAUUUGUAAUCCACUGCUCUACCCAAUUCUCAUGUCUCGCAAGGUGUGCAUCUGUCUUGUAGCUGGCACCUAUCUCAUAGGCAGUCUGACCUCAUUGGUGCACACUUAUUUUACAUUCCACCUUUCCUUCUGCAAUUCCAACAUCAUCAAUCAUUUCUUCUGUGCCAUCCCGCCACUGUUAGCCCUCUCCUGCUCUGACCCUCACAUCAACGAGACCCUCCUCUUUGCCCUCUGUGGUUCCAUCCAAACUAGCACUUUUGUGUUCAUCCUGAUCUCUUACGCCUGUAUCCUGGGCACUGUCCUGAGGAUCCCCUCUGCAGAAGGCCGCCACAAAGCUUUUUCGACUUGUUCCUCCCAUUUGACAGCUGUUGCCCUUUUCUGUGGAGCCCUUCUUUUCACGUAUCUGCGUCCUAGUUCUAGCUAUGCCUUUGACACAGACAAAGUCAUUUCUGUUUUCUACACUGUGGUAUUUCCCAUGUUGAAUCCUCUAAUCUACACCCUGAGGAACAAAGAAGUGAAGGAUGCCUUGAAGAGAGUGUUGGAAAGAACUGGGUGCUGUCUUCAGUGA